UGCAAGCAAAACUGGGAAUCGGUUUCGGAACACAUCCUGGAUACUGCAACACGUGAAUAACCCGGGUGAUUUGACAUUCAUCGACACCGACAAUUGCUUUCACGUUUCCAAAUAAGCAAAAUAUUAGCAGUCCUGCAAAUCCUGUUUCGAUAUAAAAUUUUGAAGUCACAAGUGAAAGAAGUGGAAAAUUGUUGAAAUGCCUAAUUACUAAUGAAGAAAAAAUUAAAUAGUGAAUUAGAAAUUAAAAUGGCUGGCGGUUUAAAUAAUAUAAAUAGGGAAUCAUCGCCCUAUCGUGUUUGUCGUGAUUUUUUACGCAAUGUUUGCCAUCGUGGUAAACGUUGUAAAUAUCUUCAUGAAAGAUCAGAAGACAGUCCAAUUGAUGAAUAUACAUUUUGUCAUGAUUUUCAAAAUGGUAUGUGCAAUUGGCCCGGUUGUAAAUUUGUUCAUUGCACUGAAAGUGAAGAGAAACAUUUUCGUGCAACUGGCGAAUUACCAUCACAUAUUCUUGUUAAAUUGAAAAAUACAAAUGACAAAGAAUUACCAGCAUGUAAAGAUUUUAUUAAAGGCAGUUGUCAAAGGGUGAAUUGUAAAUUUAGACAUUAUAAAAAAGAUGAACCACAACCAAAUAAUAUGAUAACAGUUUCGCAAAUAAAUCUACCGAAACCACAACAUUGUUUUAAUGGAAUUGGCAGUGGUGAUAAUCGUCGAUUCGAGGAGGACAGAAGCUAUCAAUGGCAAUUGGAGGAUCAUUCUCUACUUGUAAAUAAUGGAUACAGUGCAUCACAUUCUCUUGAUUACAUUGGACCACCUGAGCCAAAAAGAAGACUAGUCUCGAGUGAAGCUCUUUUACAUUUUGAAACUUCACAAUUAGUUGGACAGCAUCCUACACAGUCCGUUACACCUGGAUAUUAUUAUCCAGUGAUACCUAGAAACGAAGCCAGAGCAAUUGUCCUAGAAGAUGAAAAUGCAUUGCUAAGAAAAAAAAUCGAAGAAUUAAAAAAGCAGGUAAGUGAUUUAACAGCGACAAAUGAAUUUCUCUUGGAUCAAAAUGCACAAUUGCGAAUGUCAGGCAAACGUACAGCUAAUGUAACUGCAGUAACGGUACCGGCAGUGACAAUAACAAAUACGGUACCACCAUCACAGGCGCCAACUCCACAGCAAAUGGUGAACGCCGCUGUUGCCGCUGGAACAUUAAGAACUGUUACGGCAAGUGUUGCAACAGUACCAGUUAGUUUGGCGACAGUUGCACCCGUUUCAAUUGCCGCUGUUUCAAUGGCACCUGUUUCAAUACCACCGCCAAUUGUCACAAUGGCACAGCAAACAAUUACAAUGAGUGGCUCUGGUCCACAACCAAAUAAUCAACAACCACAAAAUUCACAACAACCAACAAGUUUACCCCUAUCGAUAUCGGGAGCAACUGCUCCAUUAUUGUCCUAUCCAAUAAUGACACAAGAACUCAGGCCUGUUUUACAGUAAUAAAAUUCUUUUUUUCUUAAAGAAGAAUUUUUUCCAACUGAAAAUCAUUUUUUUUAAACUGAAUUCUAUAAAAUAGAAUUAAUAUUGAAUUUUUAAUUCAUUUUUUUUACAGUUUUUCUAAUUCUAAAAUUUUUUGAACUAGAAAAUCUUUUGUAGGAAAAAUGAGAAAUUUUUUUUGGUAAUUUGAAAAUUCAGUUCAAUAAAAAUUCUACAUUAUAAAAUUCGAAAUAAUGAUUUUUGAAGAGAAUUACCCAGUAAAUAUUUGUCAGAAAAAUUAUAUUGUUAAUAUAAUAGUUUUCUGCGUACUUUUCCGUAAGGUGAAUUUCCCCCCCCCCCACACACUUCACAUCUGUUUAAAAGAGUUGAUAAAUUACGAAACAAGAUUAGAAUAACUUCCUCUCGAUGUCUUGUUACAUUAAUUCUUUAUGAGUUUUACAAAUGUUCAAAGCAAAUUUACUUCAUUUUUGUUUUUGAAAUUACAAUUUAAUGUUGUAAAAAUUGUUGAGAAAAAAAAAAUUCUUGAUGAUACUUUGCAAUUCUUAAAAAUGAAAAUAACACAAAAACAGUGAAAUUUCAUUUGAAUUAUUCAAUUUAAUUGGAUAAAUGUGAUAUAUUUAUUUAAUUUAGAAUUCAAUGGUCCAUUUAAAUACACGAUUUUAAAUUGAAUAUUACAAUAUUUCAAAUUAAAUUCAAGUGAAAAAAUAUAAUUUAAAUUGGAAAAUAUUAAGCAAGAAAGAAAACACUGUUUUAGUUAUUUUUAAUUUUAAAAAUUCAAAGAAUCACCACACUAACUAGAAAUAUUAUGUAGAUCUAGUUUUUAAAAAAAAUUAUUCUCUGCGUAUAAAAUAUUUGAAAAAAAAAUAUUCUACACUUUAAAAAGUUGUACAGGACAAUAAUGUUUUGCAGCUUUUUUCUCUUGUUUCAUUUUGACUGUAACAUUUUUACAGUUCAGUAAAAAAAAAAAAAAAAAUCUCGAAAAUCAUUAAUUUAAAAAAAAGAAACUCAGGGGUUAGAAUAUCAAAUAUUUAAAUGUGGUAUUUUGCAAUUAUUUUUUCAUUUUUAAAUUACCAAUUAAUUGGUAGUUUUUUUUUUUUGAAAUUACUUAAAUAUUUAAGUACCGAUGAUUUAAGAAGUUAUAAAUUCUUAAUUUCGAUAAUUAAUAUCGAUUUUUCUUUUUUUUCUUUAAAAACUCGUUUUUGUUUAUUCUAAGAACAAAUCUAUUGUGAUAAUUUUGUUUUCGUUUUUGUAGAAAUUUAGUGAUUUUAAGAUUAAAAAAAAAAAUAAAUAAACUGAAAAUUUUCUUUUUAAGAAAUUCUCUACGAUUGUAUAAUAAUUUUGUAGAUAAUUUCAUAAUUUAGGUUUUUAAUAUUGCGAUGAAAAACAAAAAACUUAUGAAAAGAAAUUAAUCUCCCGUUAGAUGAAAAUCAAUUACAUGAAUGUAAUUAAUAUGUUUGAUAGUAUUACUUUAUCGAUUUAAGUACAAAUUGAAAAGAGUAUUUUGAAUGCACAAUGUCAAAGUUGAAAAUAAUAAAUUCAUUAUUAAUGUUAAAAAAAAAAAAAUAUCCAUUCAUGCUGCUACGAUUGUUCUGUACGUUGUAACAUUGUCGAUAUUUCUUAGAAAAAGAAUUUUUAUACUUCCAAUAUCGAUAGAUAAGUUAAAUAUUCUUAUACAAUAGUGAUAUUUUAGUAAUUAAGUACUUAUCGCGACAAUUAAACUACUCGUCAUAAAUUGUAGAAGAUAAGUUUCCAGAAAGUGAUGAGAAGUCGAUUCUAAUUAAGUAGAUAACAAACAAAAAAAAAAAAGGUAAAAUAAAAAUUGUUGUACAUAAAAUUCAA